UGUUUUAAAAAUGCACCCUCUAGUUGUGUUAAAAAAUUGUCCAAGAAUGGUAUAUACACAUUGGACCUAUAGUAGUCUUCUGCUGUAAUAUUUCCAUUUAUUGACCUUUUCUAUAUUCUGGUUAGCAUAUAAAAAUCAAUAUCCAAAUUUUUAGUUUAAACAAUACCCGUUAUUGAUAGAUCUCGUAUUGCCGCCGGCCCAUCGCUCAGACAACAAACAUCGUUGUUAUGUAAUUAAAAUAACUAUCAUUCGAGCGAUUUUUAAAUAAUAAAUAUUAAUAUAAUUCACUAACACGAUGAGCGGCACGCACGAAGAGUGUGAAGAGUAUUACCGACUGCGGGCGUCCGAGAUCACGGGACAGUUGGCGUCGUGGUCGCGGUCUGCGGCCGUUCGGGACGAGUCGUUCGUGAAGCUGUUGCGGACCAAAAUCGAGCGGCGGGCGCGUCUCGCCGACGCUGUGGACCGGACUUCGCGGAACGCUGUGGCCGAAACACGGCUGGCACUCGAAGCUAACAACGAGCGCGCGGCAGCCGCGUCGGACAGAGCGGCCGCCGAGCUUGAGCGUUUCGCGGAUGAAUUGCGGCGGACCUGCUAUGACGGUGGCGAGGCCACAGCUGUUGAGUUGGACGCGGAGAACCAGCGACUUAGCGAAAUCAUAAAUCUGAGGCGUACAGCCCUUGAAAAGGCUACGGCCACUGGCAAAGCGGCUGGCGAUCAAUUGCGACAAGACCAGGCUGUCAACGACCGGAUGACGCGUAACUUGAUGACCACCGCUUUAGAGCCCCAAGAACCCGCAGCUUCGCAAGACAGUGGAUCUGAGGCGCUUAGUGCUUGCAAAGGCCGUAGUUGGCGACCGAUUUCGCCAGGACUAACCUGUCAACGACAUGACAGCGCAUAA